AUCCAUAUGUAUUUAUAAUUAAAGGAAGUUUGUUUAAUAUAAUGGGUACAGAUUAUUCAAAUGUUUUAAGAAAAUUCAAAUUGGUCUUCCUUGGAGAACAAAGUGUUGGCAAAACUUCGCUCAUUACAAGGUUUAUGUAUGAUAGCUUUGAUAGCACGUAUCAGGCAACCAUUGGAAUAGAUUUUUUAUCAAAAACUAUGUAUCUCGAAGACAGAACAGUUCGGUUACAGAUUUGGGAUACAGCUGGCCAAGAACGUUUUCGAAGUUUAAUUCCAAGUUAUAUUCGUGAUUCUUCAGCUGCUAUUGUUGUCUAUGACAUAACAAAUACAAACUCCUUUGCUCAAGUAGACAAAUGGAUAGAAGAUGUGCGAGCUGAACGUGGUGAUGAUGUUGUUAUAAUGUUAGUUGGGAACAAGACAGAUUUGACUGAUAAGAGGCGAAUAUCUAUGGAACAAGGCGAAAAAAAAGCAAAAGAACUUGGAGUCAUAUUUAUAGAAAGCAGUGCUAAAACAGCUCAUAAUGUUAAACAGCUAUUUCGUCGUAUUUCUGCAUCUUUACCCGGAAUUGAUGAUAAAGAAGAUGAUAAACCAAAGGAGUUGGAUAGUGUCAUUCACCCUUUAGUAGAAAAACAAAAUGAUAGUAGUUAUUGUACAUGUUGAUUUUAUUGAGUUUGUAGUUACUUAUAUAUAUUAAUUUUUAUAAAAGUUACUUAAAUAUAUUAAUUUUUAUAUAGCUCUAGUUAAACCAUAAUAUCUUGCAAAAUCAGAUAUUCAUUUAAAUAUAUAUUUAAAAGCCUUUUAAAUUUAAAAUUAAAAGCUAUUUCUAUAUGGUUUGGUUAUGUAAUAGUGUGACCAUAGUUUAAAAAUAGUCAUGUCCUAUUGUGAUCAUAGUUAAGAAUGUUCAUGUCUGUGUGACCAUAGUCUAAUUUAUUAUUAACAAAUUUUAUUGCUAUUAAAAAAAGUGAAUUAUCUGGUCAGAUUUACUGAACUUUAUUUUUUGUUUAAAGU